AUGCUCACUGCCUUUGUCUUGCACCGGACGCUACUGCUCUGCUGGCUGGCUGCCCCCUGGCCGGCUCAAACCGAGAAGCUUUUCCACAGCCGGGACCGCUCGGACCUGGAGCCAUCCCCCCUACACUGGGCCAAGCCUAUCACCAACCUCCACUCUGCGCAGAGAUUCUUGUCCCGAUAUGGCUGGUCGGAGGUGUCUUCAGCCUGGGGUCCCAUCCCCAAGGAGUCAUCAGAGGCCCCUACGGGCACCACCCUGGCUGAGGCCAUGCGCAGGUUCCAGAGGGCAAACGCACUUCCAGCUAGUGGGAAGCUGGAUGUGGCCACACUAGCGGCCAUGAACAGGCCACGCUGUGGUGUCCCUGACACACGGAUGCCACUCCAGGCCACCCUGACGACCCCACCAGCCCCACGAACCCCUCUAGGUCCACGGCCCAGGGCCCGACCAAAGCGCUUCCUGCAAAUGCUGCUGCCCAGGCUGGGUGGGCAGCAGGAGGACUCCUCGGGCCGCAGGGCCAUCCAGGCCUUCUCCAAGAAGACCCUGACUUGGAGGCUGGUGAGUGAGGCCUACAGCAGCCAGCUCUCUGUGGAGGAGCAGAGAUACAUUUUCAGGCUGGCCUUCAGGAUGUGGAGUGAGGUGACACCGCUGAAUUUUCGGGAAGACCUCACUGCCCCUGGGACUGCAGUGGACAUAAAACUAGGGUUUGGGAGAGGCCGGCACCUGGGCUGUCCUCGGGUAUUUGACGGGAGUGGGCAGGAGUUUGCACAUGCCUGGCACCUGGGUGAUAUUCACUUCGACGAUGACGAGCACUUCACGCCUCCCACUAGUGACACGGGCAUCAGCCUUCUCCAAGUCGCUGUCCACGAAAUUGGCCAUGCCCUUGGCUUGUCCCACACCUACAGGAUGGGAUCCAUAAUGCAACCAAAUUAUAUCCCCCAGGAACCUGCCUUUGAGUUGGACUGGUCAGACCGAAAGGCCGUUCAGAAACUGUAUGGUUCCUGUGAGGGAUCAUUUGAUGUUGCAUUUGACUGGAUUCGCAAAGAGAGAAACCGAUAUGGCGAAGUGAGGGUGAGAUUUAGCACGUAUUUCUUCCGCAAGAGCUGGUACUGGCUCUAUGAAAAUCGCAACAACAGGACACGCUAUGGGGACCCUCUCCAAAUCCUCACCGGCUGGCGUGGGAUCCCGACACAAAACCUAGAUGCCUUCGUCCACAUCUGGACGUGGACAAGAGAUGAACGUUACUUUUUUAAAGGAAACCAAUACUGGAGAUACGACAGUGACAAGGAUCAGGCCCAUACAGAAGAUGAACAAGGAAGAAGCUACCCCAAGCUGAUUUCAGAAGGGUUUCCUGGCAUUCCCAGUCCCCUGGAUACAGCCUUUUAUGACCGAAGGCAGCAGUUAAUUUACUUCUUCAAGGAGUCCUCCGUAUUUGCAUUUGAUGUCAACAGAAAUCAAGUACUUAAUUCUUAUCCACUGAAGAUUACUGAAGCCUUUCCAGCAAUAACACCACAGAAUCAUCCCUUCAGCAGUAUAGAUUUGGCUUACUACUCCUAUGCACACAACUCUGUUUUCUUUUUCAAAGGCAAUGCAUAUUGGAAAGUAGUUAGUGACAAGGACAAACAACAGAACUCCCGUCUUCCUUCUAAUGGCGUAUUUCCAAAAAAGUCUACUUCAGGGAAGUGGUUUGACAUUUGUGACGUCCAUCCAUCCACACUGAAUAUGUAA